AUGUCGGAUCGGGAAAGUGUCGAUGAGCAACAUCAAUCCCAAAGUAAAUCCGCAGGGCACGGGUCCUCCAGUGAAGAUGACGGCGCUUCGGAAAACGGAGGACAGCUCAUGUCGCAGGGUGAGCAGGAGCUGGCCACCAAGAUGCUCCAGAUCCAGUCCAAGAGGUUUUACCUGGACGUCAAGCAGAACCGCCGGGGCCGCUUCAUCAAGGUGGCCGAGGUGCAACAGGUCGGGGUAGUGGGUAGGAAAAGUCGUCUCCUCCUCGCCAUGUCAACAGCGGCUGAGUUCCGGGACCACCUGACAUCCUUCAGUGAGCUGUACGCUUUCCUGGGUCCCCCCAAUCCAGAGAAACUGCCUGAAGAUGGCAAGUUGAAAAGUGAGAUAAUGAUUAAGGACAAUAGGCGCUACUACCUGGAUAUCAAGGAAAACUCCAGGGGGCGGUUUCUAAGGGUGUCCCAGACGAUAGCACGAGGUGGUCCUAGGUCCCAGAUCGCCAUCCCUGCACAGGGUAUGAUCGAGUUCCGCGACGCGCUCACGAACUUACUAGAAGAGUUUGGCACGGACGACGAAGCUUUCAAAGGAGAACUACCUGAAGUGCGCCACAUGCGUGUAGAAAACAAGACGUUUUAUUUCGACAUUGGGCAGAAUACCCGAGGCAUGUACAUGCGUAUCUCAGAGGUGAAGAACAUGAGAGAGCGUUUCGACAAGUGCAGAAUCUAUUGUCCACGCAGCCUGUGCUGA